AUGCCGCCUCUUCACAAUGAGCCGCCAGCGGUGAGGAAGGGGUACGAGCAGGAGCGGCGAGAGACCCGGCCUGUCCUGCGUCAUCUGUCACCUAAGCCGCACAGGGGAGGCGCUGCAUCUGCGCUACAACAGCAUCUGGGCCACUCUGCCGGGUUUUGUGCUUCCACGCACUCGACGCCGGCUGCACUUGCUAUUCCACCUCGAGCGCGGCGGGGGGGGGUGGCAUGCGACGCGCAUGGAACACGGGCGAUUGUCCCUCCGUCCCUCGAUCCCAGCCUGGAAUAUGAGGGCUACACUGUGUGCAUCGGCCCAGCCACUUGCACCACGCCGUGCUUAGGACCCGAGGUGCCGGAGCUCUGCAAAAGAAAGGGGAUGCUUUCAGCCCAGAGCCCAGCUGCGAUAGGCGACGGCCCGACGUUUGAGCAGGAGGGAACCGAGGUCUGGAGCGGGGAGCCCAGCCCGACGGCGGCGCCUCGCAGUGGGCCGUUUGCUGCAUUUUUGGGAUCGGCGUGGCUCGAGGAAGGCCGGGGGGGAGAGGACCAGCCCAUUGGUACGGCGACGCGGAUGAGGGGGGGCGAGCCCUACGCGGGGACUGGUCGCAACGAGGGAGGGUGGGAGAAUUGGGAAUUGGGACGGCCGACCGGUGUGAGGAGGAUCAUGUACCCAGAUUCCAUGGGUGGGCAGAGAAUGCUGAUAUCGACCGAGACGGCUUCCCUGCGAGCCCGAGGGUGUGGGAUUCGCUAUCACGGGCGUUGCUCUGGCCAGCUGAUGGCAGCCAACGAGAGCGCAGGACGAGUCCGAGGCAGGGUCCAGGGACGCGGGCCGGGCGUCCCCAGCUCGAGGCCCAUGCCGGAAUAG